AUGCAGCCGGCACCGCUGAACAUGCCUCUUAAUGUCAACGGCUGGCAAACGCGAGAGGGCUUAAAAACAGCGAGAGAAUAUCGUUUUUUGGCUUUCACACUCUCGUCUCUCUCUAUCCUCUCCACCGGUAACUGCCUCUCAGUGAAAGUAACGGGCAAUCUCGCUCCUGCUCUUUCCUUCCCAAGCCUCUUUCCCUCUAACCUGUCUGUUUUCCUUUCAGUCCUUCCUUCCUCCUGUUUCAGCCCCUCAGCCUGUGAUCUCGGCUGGCAGUUUCUGAGCUCCGAGCGCUCGGCUCCUCUGUUUUUGCGCAGCGCCCUCAUUCUGCCAACCAAUCGUCGAGGAGCACCACCCACUGACCGAGUGUUCAUUUGCCAAUCUGGCAGUCAACCAUACACGUCACGCUGCAACCGGGAGGGGCGGGACAAAACCCGCGCCCGGGCUGCCCGGGUGAGUGUGAGUGUGAGAGCGAGAACAGCCCGGCAGGUCCCGAGGCGCUGGCUGGGGACUCUACGUGGAAAGUUCCCAGUCCCCAGCCACAGGCUUUUGCCAGGAGCCUGGCUCUCCCGCCCGGGUUCUCAGCAGCACUGGGCCUUGCAAGUGGCUCCCGAUAUCCCUGCGCCGGGUCUGGCCCAGAGCCACGCAGCGGCCGGGAGCGCGCGCUAUUUUCUGCUUUUUUUCCUGACAUGUGGAGAUUCCUCCCCUCCCCUCCGCGUCCCUCCCCGUGACAGUCUAGGGCUCACGCUUGCCCAGCCGAGGGUCCGCUGGCCUGGCGCGGACCGAGGGGCAGCUGAGAACGCGAGCGCGGGGCUGAGCCGGGUGCACCCCUGCGGGUAUCUGCCAACACGUUGCACAUUUGCCGUGCCCGCGUCCCCCCUCCUGGCCUCCGGCCACGGAUCGGCGUGCACCCCGGCGGAGCCUCCCGAGUCCCGCAGGACGCGCUUGGCCAGCUCCGUGCCCACUGGCUAGGCGCAGCCAGUUCCUGUGAAGUUAAAGCCCAGCGCGAACUCUUCAAGGCCGAGUGUGGAUCGCAUGCCAUUUCUCCAAAGCGAGAUCCAUAAAUCUGCUGGGUGGCAAUGAAAUGUUUCGAGGUCUUCAAGCUGACUCAUCAGAAUCACGGAGCCUUGUGAAUGACGAUGUUUGGUAACGCUCCCCUCAAACGUGGGGCACAGGCGUCUCCUAGCGGCGAAAGCAGCAUAGAGCAAGUCGGAUAAUUUUGCUUUGGAGCGGUCCUCGGGCGGAGUUCGCCUGUUGGGGGCUCUACUGGAUUUCUUGGGUCACCAAAGCCUGUGUCUGCGACAGCGACUCCAGAUCUGGGCUUCCAAAGGUCUCCUUUCUCUGAUUUUUAGUCUCUCUGGAGGGGGCGGCGGCGGCGGCGGCAGCCAGACGGGUAACGGUGGGGUCUUCACAGAAUAGCGCCCAGCCCGGCCUCCCCUGGUACCCUCUGAGAGGCAUUCCACCCAAGGACCAUUGCAAAAGCGUUUUGUUUGGAGCCAAGAUUUAGAUACUGACAUUAACAGCCACGAAUGCCUCCCUUACACAUGAACUGUUAACAUAAACCUAGCCUGUCACCCACAAACCAAAGCACUUUGAAGUAGCCUUUUAAAAAUACUUUUAAAACACAGCAGGUUUACAUUCUCUCUGACUGUGGCGCUCAGUAUAUCCUCCCCACUUGCUUUUUUGUUUGUUUUUGUAUUUUUUUUAAUACUAUCUUCCUCCACCCUUUGACCCCAGAUUUUUAAGAGUUCUUAAUGGUAUGCACACCGACCUUGGCAGUUAGGUAGAUGAAAUAGACAUCUGAAUGAA